ACCGUAUUUAGAGAAACAAAAUUUCUUAAAUAGUCCCCGUGAGAAGAAAACCCUAAAUCGAAAGUGGAAACUCGCAGGCAACAAAGGUUGCAUCUUUCUGAGUCUUUGGCGUCGUUAGGAGCAGUUUUUGAAAUCAUCCAUGGGUAAGGUUCACGGUUCGUUGGCACGUGCCGGAAAGGUCAGGGGUCAGACCCCCAAGGUGGCCAAGCAAGACAAGAAGAAGAAGCCCAGAGGCCGCGCUCACAAGCGUAUGCAGUACAACCGGAGAUUCGUCACCGCCGUUGUUGGAUUUGGAAAGAAGCGGGGACCCAACUCCUCAGAGAAGUAAACUUGACUUUUAGGGCAUCAAGUACGAGUAGCUUAGCUUAUAUAGUGAUGGUGAAGCUAGUUUCUUAUAUUGGGACUGGUUUUUAUUUAUAUUUGCCCUUUAUUUUAAAACACUAGGCUUGGUGAUUGAAUUCGGAUAAUGAAUAUCAUAUAUUAACAUGGGCUAAAGAUUUUUUUUUUUAA